UUCCAGACUGUUACGAUGGUUUGCGAAAAGUGUGAAAAGAAGCUUGGCAAGGUAAUUACCCCGGAUCCAUGGAAAGCUGGUGCCCGAAAUACCACCGAGGGGGGCGGUAGAAAAAUCAACGAAAACAAAGCUCUUUCCAGUGCAAAGCUACGGUACAAUCCAAUGGCUGGGAACUUUGCACCCUGCCGAAUAUGCAAGCAGAAAAUUCACCAAGCCGGAUCACAUUACUGUCAGCAGUGUGCCUACAAAAAGGGAAUCUGUGCGAUGUGUGGCAAAAAGCUGCUGGAUGUGAAAAACUAUCGACAAUCGUCUACGUAGAAAUACGCGCGCACGCGCA